GUUUAUGACAGCAACAGACACCUGUCGGCGCGUUUUCGAUACCGGCGGUGCAGCGCACAAUGAUGGCCGCCCCUUCGUGGCUGUUUGAGAAGAGGCACCUUAAAAAGCCACGAUUGGGGCCUCCUGACGUUUACCCGCAGGAUCCGAAACAAAAAGAGGAUGAGCUCACGGCUAUAAACGUGAAACAGGGGUUCAUAACAAAUCCCCAGAUCAACGACGAGUAUGGUUCCGCCAGAAAUGCCAACAUCACGUCCGCAAAAUUCGGAGCCUUCUUCAGUGCCAUUCUUUCUAAGAAACAAGAACUUAAUACAAUUCAAGAUUCGUCCCGAAAGAAACAGCAGAUCAACACCAAAGAGCAUUUUUGGCCAGUUACAGCAAGGUCCAAGAAUGCAAUUGAGGCUUGGUUUCGUGACCUUGCUGGAUCUAAACCACUUACCAACCUGGCGAAGAAGGUUCCCAUAUUCAACAAAAAGGAAGAAAUCUUCUUGACGCUGUUUGAGUUUUCAGUGCCUAUGCUUCGGGCCGCUUGGUUUAUCAAAAUGACCUCAGUUUAUCAUGUUGCCAUUUCUGAAGCAAAAAUGAAGAAACGGCAACUACCAGACCCCUGUCAAGAGUGGACUGCAUCACUGUGCAAAUUUCUGCGGGAGCUACUGCACAAGCUGGUGGAACAUAGCCAUCCGACAGGCCCACCCCCGCCUCCACCAGGAGGGGGUGGGAGCACACCAGGUGGUCCUGGUAGUGGAGGUGGGGCAAGUCCUGGUCCUCCUGCAGCUACACCUGCUGCUCCCAGCAUUCCGCCCGACACCACCAUUGCCAAACAGUGGCAUUACUGCACCAACCUGGCCUCGCACCUUUAUGAGGAAGGGCUUCUGGAUCAUCAGGACUUUCUCAACUGGAUUCUGGAGCUGGUUGAGAAGACCAAGAGUCCAGAUGACCCCAUCUUGAAGCUUGUCAUGCCGCUCACACUACAGUAUGUGGGUGAGUUUUCUCGCUCUGAGCUGCUGUCACGGCGGCUGGCUCAUCACUGUUCCAAGAAGCUAAGUCAGCUGGUUGCUGACUACACUGUGAGUUCUCCAAGGAGCCAGAGUCCAGUCACAUUAACUGCCAAUUCAUCAACGAAUGGCGGGAACACUGUGUCUCCAGUGCCAAAUCCUCCCUCCAUCAGUCCUCUGGCAGCAAGUUUCGCCGAAUGCCUCAGCUGUUCUCAUCAUCGUUCCAUUGUUCUCCAAUUAUCAGUAGUGCUGCAGUAUAUCACACUGAAGUGUCCCACUGCUCUUGUGUGGAACAGCAUUGGUGAAGGCAAAGCGAAUCCGAUUCUGAAUGGCAGUCCCUUAGACUUGCUUCCAUGCCCACCAUCGUGUCUGCCCAUGCCACCAAGGCCUUUCAAUGCUCAGGUGCGGCAAGAACUGCGACGGGUGGAGCAGCAGGUGAUUCAGCGAGGGCGAGCCGCCGAGAUGCACUGGUCAUGUGACAAGUGGCAGCAAAUGGCCGCUGGCACUACCAUCACACGUGUACUGGGAGUGCUGGAUGCCUUGGACAGGCAUAGCUUUGACCGAGUGGAUGCCACCAACUCGCUGGACACACUCUACUCCAAGGUUUUUGCUAAAAGUGGCGACCCGCCCCAGCCCGUGGCCACUGCACCUGGAGCCAGUCCUGGCCAUGGAGGGGGUGCUGGAGGGGGCGGGAGCAACACAGAAGGGGCGGGGCCACAGUUGUCUACGCCUCCUCCGCAAGAUGAGCCCAUUGUGCGACUUCUGUGCGAGUGGGCCGUUACGACUAAGCGCAGUGGCGAGCACCGGGCACUUGUCGUAGCUCGCCUACUCGAGAAGCGCCAGAAUGAGCUCAACAUAGAGAAAUACAAUGACGCUGACCUGGUGGACGAGAAAGAUUCUCAGGACUCGGGAAUGGCGCCAACGGGUUUGCCUAUAUUCCAAAACCUGCUCGUCAAUUUCCUUGACAUGGAAGCCCCUGUCCUUGAUGACAAGCCAUCUCCUGAGAACCGGACGGCCUUUGCCAACCUUGUGCUACUGUUUGCCGAACUGAUUCACUGUGAUGUGUUCUCCCACGAUGCCUACAUGUGCACCCUGAUCUCGCGGGGCUACUUUGCCAGUCACCCACCCGGGGGUGCUGGGCUGCCAAGUGUCAUGGGAAUGGGAACAGGCAGCAUUAGUGGUGCCCCACGCGCUCCAUCGCCUGAACCAUCGCUCACGGGUUUCCUUGACCCCAACUUGGGUCCGUCACCCAGCCAUGGGAGUGCCAGCAACCCUGGUAAUGCUAGUGGCAUGUCCAUGGGUCUUGGACUGGGAGACUUGGGCAUUGGAAGUCUGGGGGAGCCCUCUCGCCAGGCUGACUCGCUGCACAUGUUCGAGCCGGGUGCAGUGAAGCAUGAGGUUGGCUGGGGUGUUCAGAUGGACAUGGAUGAUGCCGGGCUAGAUGCUGACCUGGAUAACAUCUUGCAACGCAUCAAGGAAGGCCAGCAGAACAUGAGUGACCAGCCUGACUCUGUGGGCUCAGACAAGGAAGAAGGGGGCUCUCUGCAAGGCCCCACCACACCCCUGGCCGAGGCUCCAGGAGGUGGGGGAGCAGGGAUAGGUUGCCAGCCUGGUAGUGGGGCCUCGGGCGGUGGUGGGGCUCCAGUGAGCGGGGUGCGCAGUCCGAACUGGCCCCUGCGGCACCUGCAGUACACCACACACUUCCCUCUGCCACAAGAGGAAGGGGGCCUUUGGUCUCACGACUGCAACCAACGGCACAUUCUGCUCUACGGUGUGGGCAAGAUUCGCGAUGAGGCACGGCAUGCACUCAAGAAGGUCACCAAGGAACUACAGAAGCUGUUUGCGAAGAAGGCAUCCAUGGACAUUGCUGACGGGGGAAAGGUGAAGCGACAUGCUCGUGAAGGUUUCAACUUUGAGGCUGUCACAGCAAGGUUCCAGUCUCUCUCUUAUUUCGACCAGCACGUGGUUGCCCUGACAUGUGCUGCAUCAGUGGUGGAGAUGUUGGCUGGUUUUGCUGCAGGAUCCUCUAAUCACCUUCCCAUUGUGGACUACAUUGCCUUUCUCUUUGACCUUAUGGAGCUAUCCUUUAAUAUUCAUGGCUUGAUCGAGUUUGGCCUUCAGUUGCUGAAAGAGCUUGUUGAAGUUGAGAACCAGCUCAUGCAGAAGAACUCUGCUCUGAGUGGAACAUAUGCAACGUCUCUAGGCAUGCACAUUAUAGGCCUCUUUUAUAGGUACCAUUGCUGCCUGCUUGUGUGCCAAGAUUACACACUACAAGCGUGUGAAAGUUUGUGCAAGGUAGUGAAGAAUGUUGCCAACCCUGCAGAGUGCACCUCUGCAGAACGCUGCAUACUGUGCUACCUCCAUGACCUGUACUCUUCGUGUUCCUACCUCAAGUCCAAACAUUCAGAGAUUUUCGGCUCUUUCUACUCCAAAGUCAAGCAAACACUGUACGCCCCUCAAACACCGUCUUCUCUCAACCUGCUUUGGAACAGUUCGUACAUGAUUGAGUGUGUAAACAACCCCAGGAUUAGGGUUGAUCCCCAACAAAUCAAGCAACUGAGUGAAAAUUCUGCAUAUAGGUACAGCUUUGUUUGCAAUGCUGUCCAGAGCAUCUCUGUAGCACAAGAUGCAGACAGGCUGAAUGACAUAUCUCUCCUGUGUGCUGAACUUACUGCCAGCUGUGGUCUGCUUAGUGCUGAAUGGCUGGGUGUCCUCAAAGCUCUAUGCUGCUCGUCUAAUCAUGCAUGUGGCUUCAUUGACGUCCUGACGCAAGUUGAUGUGGGGGACCUGUCUAUCCAUGACAACCUGGCAGUCUUCACAUGCAUCCUGGUGGCAAGGCGGUGCUUCUCCCUCCAGGAUUUCGUUGUGCAUGUGGCCAUACCUUCACUGCUCUCAGCUAGUCCUGUGGGUGGAGCCGCAGACCAGGAUGCAGAGUCGGGUGCCCGGCUUACAUGCCACUUACUGCUACGCCUCUUUCGCACUGUGGACUCCAUGCCGCCUGCUGGGAGUGCCAUACCCCUUCCGCGACCUCUCUUUCUCAUUCGGUCUCUGUGCGAUCGGCAUCUCUUGUCAGCUGCUCACAGCAGCAUGCGUGUUGAGCCAGUUCUUGCAAUUCUCAAGGCCAUCUUGCUGCUUGGCGAUGCUAGCACACCAGCCUUGGAGGCCAAAGCGAAGCUGGACUCGAAUCAGGGCAAAGGAGAACCCAGCAUCAACGACCUUCUUGGCCCAAUAGAUGACACAGACUUUGACCUCAGCGUCCCUCCCAGCUUGGGCAGGCAUCCAAGCAGCGUGGGUGCUCCUCGAGGCACAGGCAUUGAGAGUGCUGGCCUGAAUGACUUUGCCAAAUAUGCUUUGGGCCAGAUCUGCAGCCAGCAGUGGAUUCAUGAACGCUGCCUCAGAGACCCUGAUGUACUGUGCUCACCGGACCUGCUGCUGGAUCCGAUGCUAUCACACAAACAGGCGGAGACAUUGCUGCACAUGAUCUGCCACCCCAAGGGUGGUAGCAGUGGCAGCACGAACUCGUGGCUUUCCCCUGGUGCAACUAACAAUGGCGCUGACACAUUUGGUGCCAUUGUGGGGAACAGUGCCUGUGGAAGUAGCAGCAGCAGUUCGGGAAGUGGCGCCAAUGGUGGCUCAGCAGGUGGUGGCUCAAGCCCCCAUGAAAGAGAGCCGUGCGAUCAGCGGCAGCUGGUGAGCCGGGUCCUGCUGGGCCUAGACCAAUGGAGCAUGCGGGUGUCGUGGCUAGAGCUGCAGUUGCGCUACAAGCAGUGUGCCAGCCCUGCUGAGGUCAACGCGUGGUUGGACAGUGUAGCCCGGGCCACCAUUGAUGUCUUUCAGCUGACCAGCGAGGAGUCACCCCUGCCUCUGUCAGCCCGGUCUGCAGGGGCUGACCCAGCAUCACCAAUGCCGUUUUCUCGGCUCAGUGGUAAUGGCGGUGGCACCUAUGGAAGACAAGAAAAUGACCGCAUCUGGUUUGUGGCUCCGCUAAUAGCCAAGCUGCCUGCUGCAGUUCAGGGCAAGGUCUUGAGGGCUGCCGGACAAGUUUUGGAGAGUGGCAGCUGGGCUUGCAUUGCUUCCUCCUCCUCUUCUAAAACCAAGGACAAAGACAAGCAGGUUCAGAGAAGUGCAUCCCUGCUGAGCCACCAGCCAUUCCUCUCGCUGGUGCUCAUGUGCCUCAAGGGCCAGGACGAGCAGCGGGAAGGCCUGCUCAACUCGCUCCAGUCGCAGCUCACACAGUGUGUGCACAUCUGCAAGGACGAGAAACCCAUAGCAGAGGACUUGAAGAGUCGUUUGCUAUUGCACGAGGCACUGCUACUGAGGCUAAGCCUUGUGGGUGGAAUGUUCGACAUGAUUCAACGCAACACAAGCUUCACCACUGACUGGGCCCUGCUGCUUGUGCAGCUUAUCAGCCAUGGGGUCGUCGACCUGCACUGCAACUUCGAACUCUUCACUACUGUCCUUGACAUGUUGGCAGCACUCAUCCACACGACCCAGAAUGCUGACAGUGUGUCCGGAGAAGAGACACGCAAGCAGUAUCUCAACCUUGUAAAGAAGAUGAAGAAAGAGGUGUCGGACAUGGACACAGAAUCCAUGAAAAUGGUGCACCAGCUGUUGCCUCUCACCAAGCAGCAGUGUGAGGUGAUCGCCUGUGAGCCGAUGGGAAGCCUCAUUGACACCAAAGGAAACAAGAUCGCUGGUUUUGACUCUAUAGACAAGAAGCAGGGUCUUCAAGUGGCUGAAAAACAGUGUGUGAGUCCCUGGGACUUGCUGGAAGGUCAGCGAAAUCCAGCCCCAUUGUCGUGGAUGUGGUUCGGGGCAGUGCGCAUGGAACGCAAGCCUCGUCUGGAGGAGAUGCCCCGGGGCAGUCUUUUAUGGCACACACACUCGGCCCUGGCUAAACCGGCUUCCUAUUUCCUCGAACAGCCACCCCUGCCUCCUGAGGAACUUUUGGAGCCCCCUGCUCCCCUCCCGGCAGCUCCACCGACUGCUGGAGUGGGGGGGCCUCACGUAGGUCCUCCCCCACACUUGGUCCCACCCCCACACUUGGCCCCUCCCCACCACCUUGUGCCUCACCUGGCUCCACCUCACAUUGGCCAGCCUCCUGACAAGCAUCUGCAGAUGCAGCUGCUAGAAGACCCCAAGCGAGCAUUGCAUGAAAUACACAGUGCACCCUCACCACGUGGAGGUGCCAAGAAACCCAAGGCCCAGAGGCGGCCUCGCAAAGCCAAGGGCCUUGCAGGGCAGGCCCCGCCGGUCCGGGGCUCCCUGGCCUACCCCCCUGAGCAGCAGCCCAUGUACCCUCAGGGACCGCCCCCGCCUCCCCAGCAGUGGUAUGGACAGCAGCCGCCGCCCAUGCAGCAGCAAUCAUACUAUGCACCCCAGCAGCCCCUGCCCCCAGGAGGACCCCGCUUCGAGCGCCAGCUUUCCCAGUCCAAGGCUGCUCUCAGCUCUAUGCUGCGAGCCCGUCACCCUUCGGCACAGUUUCUUGGUGGGCCGCCCCAGGGGGCACCUCAGGGUCCACAGGGGGCGCCUCCAGUCACCAUGCAAGGUCCGGUUGGUGGACCUGGAAGCAGCGGUGCACCACCUUAUGCCCAGCCAAACAUGGACAUGCUGCAGAAGCAGCAGCAGCAGCGCCACCAAAUGAUGAUGCGCCAGCAACAGAUGCGCCCCCAAGGCAUGGCACCUCAACAAGUGGGCCAACAAGGCAUGUUCCACCCUGGCAUACAGCAGGGAGCACAGGCACAAGCAGCUGGCAUGCAUCACCUGCCUCCACCAGAUUAUUUUCGAGCUGUGGGGGGCAUGAGCCAAAACUAUGGUGGGGGCUAUGGGGGUGGCGGGCCGCCUCCGCAAGCCCUGAUGGAGCGCCGCGCGGCGGCUGGCGUCACUGGAGCCCCGCCAGGUCCUGGCAGUGGCAUGAUGGGCCCGGCUCCGCCAGGCUUUGGCCAGGGCUACAACCCAGGGGGGGCAGGGAACACCAUGGGAGGACCUCCUCAACAGUCUGGCAACAUGGGCAUGAUGAGUGCUGCUGCAGCAGGCAUGCAGAAUCCCGGGCCACAGCAGUACCUGGCCAACAGGCCACAAUAUGCCCUUGGUCAAGGAGGAGCCGGUGGCGGAGGAGGCCACCCUGGCGGCCCCAUGGUGGGUUCCACAGGGGCCGGCCACCUCGGGGGUCCCGGUGGAGGCGGCCCCGGCCCCCAGGGUGGGGCUGGGGCGCCCCCGGGGGGCCCGAUCCCGGGCGGGGGUGGCUACGGCGGGGGUGCGCCUGGUGCGACCCCAGCUAGUGCGGCUGGCCUGAUGGCCAGUUCCAUGCACCACCAGCAGUUCAUGGCCCUCAAGCAGCAGCAGCAGCAACAGCAACACCAGCCCCCGCCACCCCACCAGCAGCAACAGCAGCACCAGCAGACUGCAGCGCUCGUGGCUCAGCUGCAGCGGCAGCUCUCGGGCAGUGGCCAGGUACCACCCCAACAGCAACAACAGCCGCAGGGACCGCCACAGCAACAUUCGGCAUACCAGCACCAGGGUCCCUACUGAAGCCCACAGAUUCCGCCCACCAUUGCAAAUGGCAGCUUUCGUGUCAACAGCCUAAAAGAGGAACUAGAGACCUAUAAUACAGCGGUAAUCUGAGGCCAUUGCUGCCAUAUUGGUAGUCUUCAUGGCAGCAGCCGGGGUGUAAGCUAUGUGUGAACGCAGUAGCAGCAAAAGUGGUAUCACUCUGCCGGACAACAUGCAGGACCACACUGAGUUGCAGGUAACGUCUUACUACUGUUUAAAUGGCAGCCACAAUAGUAGCCUAUAUCGUAGCAGUGCCAUCAGAUUAAUGGUUAUAGAGAAAGCAAAUGCAUGCAAGCACAAUCAUGAAAUCAAAGGGCAUUCUAACGCUGUCUUGUGGGAUGUCGAAAGCAUGACACACGCUUGUGUACUGGUGCCACAGCUGCGCCUAGCCAUAAGCCCCCCCUUCACAGAUUGUUGUGUGGCAGUGCACUAGUAGGAGGGGUUAUACAAACAACCAGACAAACAAACUUUAUUCAAAUAUCAUGGGCUGUUUAGGAGUGCGGACAAAAGGCCUUCAGCAGGCUUGACUGGGUCCGUGCUCCCUAUAAAUGGCAAACAGUGAAAAGAGUGCGGUCUAACUAAACAAGUUACAGAUUGGUAGUACAUAUGCAUUGACAGUAAACAUAGAAAAUAAUUAUGCUUGUCUAGCACAACAAUUAGGACGGCCAUAUAGAAAAUAUGUAAGCAAUAGCAAAUAUCAGUUUGAACAGAAUAUAUAAAAAACAAGAAUAAGCUUACUAAUUAAGUUAAAAAACCGAGGUAAUAGCUCUAGGAUAUACAAGUAUAUGAAUAAUAAGUAACGCAAAAAGAAAAACAAAUUGUUAUUGUCCAGAUUCAAAAUUGCAUGAACCGUAAAGUUUACGGAAUGUUGUGAGAGUCGCAAGUAUGCCCCUCCGAAACUUAUUUGUACAUUUGUACCAUUUAAUGACACUAGAAUGAGCAAUCUCAAUGCAGUUGCAUGCAGUUCUACGUGCACUUUUUCGAGAAUCGUGUUGGAUCCAGUAGGGAUCAGUCUUGGCAAUUCUCCGGUGACAUUGUGCACAGAUGAAAAGUGCCUGUCUGUUUGGCUGUGUCAGCCAUAAUAGCUGUACCAACUCUAUACUUGCAGCCCCUAUAUGAAAUCUCAGGGUCCCACUUAAGCCUCCCACUGGUUCUUGGCAAGAGCCUUUGUCCCGAAGCAAGCUAAAGCCACAACUGUGCCUGUUGUCGCAAACUCAGUUGUACCAUCACACUUUUCAUACCAGCAUUUUAUGUUGACUUCUCAUGAAGAAUUUUGCCUCGCUGCUACUUGUGCGCACCACUUCUUUUGUUACUUUUGGAGUAAUGUCAAAAAAGUGAAGCUUGCUUUUACUCUGUUUUAGUUGCAUAACUAUGCUGCACUCUAGGCAGCUUUUGAUGUCACUGGAAAAGUUGUUGUGUUAUAAAUGAUACAAAGAAUUUGCUGAGAACAGUUCUAUGCAGGCAAUUCUGCAUUCAUCUAAAUCUCUGUAGUGUGUGUGGAAGAACCCACCUGACAUUAACAUUUGACUGCUAUGCAAAUGCAUGAGGAUGGUAGAUUUAUACACAUAAACGAAUAUUAUUAAGGACAGACUUUUAUUGCCAUUGUUGAACACAGUUAACGUCUAUUUAUGUUCUUCUUCUAUUGCCCCUGUCAGUGUGCAUUUAUAGUUAAUCUUCAGUUAUGAACCAAACAGUCAGCAACAAAGUUUCCUGCUGACAAAUUUAGAAGGAAAUGAACUGCUGUAUUAGGUUCUUAUCACUGAAUGGUCAGGUGCAAGAACUUGCAGCUGCUGUUAAAUGUGGGGCUUUAUUUGUCUCAUGUCAAUCAACAUGUUUGUUAUGCAGCAUAACUAAGCACACAUGAAAAUAAAUGCACAAUGUGUGGCUGCUAAAAGGGCACUAAAGAGGAACACAAAAUAAGUUUAGACUUGUAGAGUAGUCUUCUAGAACUAUUUAUUUGUAUCUGUUUGGCAGACAGUGGUAAGUGGUAAGAGGUAAAGUGUUGCCAGGAAAAAUGAGUGCCAAACUUGUCCUUAAAUUUCAUGCCUGAAGUAGUGGUUGUGGUAAACUAAUACAAAAAGGACAAAAAAGAGGAAGGAAAGGAAGAACCUUGGCCAUCAUAAGUGUCUCACAUCCCAGUGGACGGGUCAACCAUCUCACAUCCUAGUGGACAAAUCAACUGUGGGAAGGAAACAGGGUAAGAGAAUAGAUAAGGGAGCGAAGUUACAAUAAAAUAGACUCAAAGAAAAUAGGAGGACAUACAUGAAAAGGGGACAUGAUUUUAAAUUUGAAACCUACAGGGCACAAUGUGGUGCUGUGCCCUGUGUCAUUCGGCCACCCAGUGUUGUUACGCACAAUGCCAGGCUCGUCUUUCUCAAUUCAGAAUUUUUUUAAUAUAAGCCCUAAUAAGUGGCACAGCUUGUUCGAAGUAGCCCAAUACAAGUAGAAUAUGUUGUCCAAAAGUUCUGUUCACGUACCAGCUUGUUUAAAUAACACGUUUUGCUUUUAUAUUUUUAUGCUUUUCAAGCAUGCUUUGGGUGAGUGAAAUGUUUCCAAAAAAAGUUUUUCAUAAACAACUCAUCACUGAUUCCAACGCUUCCUUGUGAUAGUGGUUUAGUUAUAUCUUUUGGGUUGCUCUUCUCAUUUAUAAUGACAGUUAAAGAUAUGAGUUCUUCAGUCAAGGGCACCUGUAGGGUUGAUCGUGUGAAUGAUUCAUGAAUGUGGCAAUACAGUCGACUCUUGUUACAAUGGACGAUGAUAAUCCGCCAAAGUAUGUCCAUUUUAUUUGAAGUCCGUAAAACCCGAAAUGCCCUAGUUCCAAAACCUUGAUCGCAAUGUGUAACAACGUAAUCACGAAGAGUGAGUGAUGAACAUCGAAAGUAAAACAAAGAAAAUAACAAAGUUGUGCAAAAGGCGAAGCAGCGAUUGCAAUAGCAAAUUAGUAAACAGCUAUGCGAAGUAAGGGUAGCAGUUUUAUUGGCGCUAUAAAGUUGUAAGCAUUCGCUUACUAACUAAAUUAACAAGCAAGGUGUCAAGCACACGCAGGUAAACAUGAACACAUCUCGCUCAAUGAAUGCUGAAAGUCGCUGUCAAAACAUUGGGGUGAGGAAUUGCAGCAGCAGCAGUGAUCGCAUUAACCGUCGUGCAUCUCACGCUUCAAUGCGAAUGAAACUUCAUAAGCAAAGUGCAUACAAAGCUAUUGGCACUAUGUGCACUCUGCAAACAUGGCUGAUUGCUUUCAAGAUGCGGCACCCGCGCGGCCUCACUGGAGUAGAAACCACCCCCCGUGCCUUGCGCGUGCAUGAUAUUGAGCUGCGAUCGUCGGCUGACUCUCACAAGUCAGUUGCUAGCCUGUGUCAACUCAGCAAAAGUUCGUUUUAUACGGCCGAUUUUGACAAAAAUUGACACUAAUUUCGUCUGCUGUAACCGAUAGUUCAUUGUAGUGUGGUCCGUUAAAAGCGAACUUCGUUGCAUUAAUAAAAUAGGUAGAGUAAACUAAGGUGGAAAUAUGGUUCGUUAUAUCUGAAACUCUGUUGUACGCAAAUCCAUUGUAACGUGCGUAGACUGUAUCUGUCAAGCUUCCAUCUUGGGGCGGAGGUUUAAAGCUUGAAAGUUGAUGUGACCAUAAAAGAGUUAGAAGUGAUUGAAUAAUUGAUGUGCAACAUGAGCAAUUUAGUAGUACCAAAUCCUUUUAUAAUAACUGUAACUUGCCGCUUCACCAUAGCUAAUCUCACGUUAGUGUGAUGUUUCAGAUUUUAUGAUGUUUCUGUGCAUUUUCAAAAAAUUUAAAAAUUCUUGUAGUAUUCGCAUAUCCAACAUAGAAAAAGAAAAUGUAUUUCAAGUUCAGCAAACGCCCACGCAACUGCCUGCCUCCAAGCCCUGCAGCCCUGCAACAUUGCUCUUUAUGUCACAGCAAACAAACUAAUCUGCCUGAUAUGGUUGGGUCACCCCGUAAAUUGUGAUGCAUUGAAUUUCUAGCUGGCAGCUGUGAAAUUCAUACCAGCAAUUGGUUUCGCCUGGCUGUGCUAACCAAGUACAGUCAAACCACCAUAUAUCGAACACGGAUAUAUUGAAUUAUUGUAUAUAUAGAAAAUUGCAUGGAUUUUUAAUUUUUUAUUUCGAACGGGGUCGGACAUAAAAUGAAUAUAUCGAACUCUGCCACUCCACACCACGUGCGCUCUGUUGACAGGCAGCGAGCUUUCCCGCAACAACCUCGAAGACAGCGGUGGUGCGACAAGCGUUCCGAACUGCUGCGUGCUAUAGCUGCUGCACAUAUUGAUUGCGCCGAGGGUGCCAUUUGAACAUAACGGCAUACGCACGCGGUGGCUUUGCUAGUUCAACAAUGCCGGUGACACAUCGCAUUUGCCGCACUGAUACCUCCUCGGUGCCACGCUCUGCGUCUGGUGCACCUUGUGAGGAAUGGCAGUUUGCUUUCACAAAGAUGCGCAACAGCACACAUUGACUGGGCUCACUCAUAGAUGUCAUGGCAGACGCCACCUAAUACUUUGUUAUUGACAUUGUUUAAAAAUGCUUCGAUUGACGGCUAUGGAGAUCGCAGCGGAAGUAGCAGCCAAAUGAAUACGCUACGUAGGUUGAUCCCUUAUACGCUGAUGUUGCCCCGCUCCCAACUUAAACUGAGGCUGGUUGGUUGGUUGGUUGAACGAUUGGUUCAUUGAUUGAUUUGUACAAGUUUUUUACGUGUUUUUUGCUUAAUUUUAUAUAUUGAAUUCUGGCUAUAUCGAACUAUUUCGCCACGCUGUUUGAUAUAUCGAGGUUCGACUUUAUAUGCAUUCUGGUUCCUGAGAAACACUAAAUGGCUUCAACAGCUUUCAUUCGUUACUUAUCAGUAUGAAAACCAUCCUUUGGACUGGAUGGGACGCUAAACAAGAACAUGAAGAUAAGCUGCAUUAGUAAAUUGUUUUUAGAAUACCUAAAAGACUGCUUUUACCAUGAGGAGGAGACGCUUUGGAAGUUGGAAAAUAUGCAAAAGCAAAAGACUCGUAGCAGUGCCCUUUAUGAAGUUCCCACAUCAGCUUCCAGUGAUGUCAUGGAUUAUGACAGCAUCUCCUCCUGUAUUAUUCAUUGUUUAUUGAUAGAGAAAAAAAUACAUGGCAUUCUGAAUGAGCCAAAUACAUAAUCAUUGAAACUCUUUAUAACUUUUUUGGUUAUUAAACAGUGUAAAUGCUAGAACAUAAAUUGCAACUUGUGACGUUAUCAGAAUCGUUCCAUUGAAGGAAUGAAAAUAAAGCUUUGAAAGAAUAGUUAACCAGUAUGUCCCUCUAAGUGAGAUGAAGAGACAAACAGUGGCACAAGCAAAAUGAGCACCUCAUGAAUAGCAGGAUCAUGCAUUGGGCUUGCCUAAUUUAUUCAUGGAGUGUUUAAGAUGAGCACUUCUACAGCAUGCAAAAGGAAAUUAUGGCGGGCCCCAAACAAUUGAAUGUUGAGUUGCCAAUGCUACUCUAGAACUUUUGUUUUGCUAAGUCAGCCAUAAUAUCAAUAAAGACUUAGGUAAAUAAUUUUGCUAGUUAGCUAAUUUGGCUAUGUGCGGAGGAUACUGAUAGCUUCUCCAGAUGGCUCUUAGCAAUGCACACUUGAUUUCACCCCCACAAGGAAGGCUUCAAAACAAUGUUGUUUUUAAAAUUUAAGCUUUGUGCACACUCACCAGAACACCUUGUGUGUGCAGGAGUGUUCUAAACUGGGCUGGUUGAUACAUCAUUAGGACGGGAACAAACAGCGCUUAAGAUGGUACAAUGAGAGCACAACAAACAAGGCACCUUGUCUCUUGUGCUCUCAGCAUUCUGUCUUGAGCACUGUUCGUUCUAGACCCUGUAUAUGUUUUGAAGAUGCAUCAAUUAUGCUGGUAAUACACAUGGCUUAAACAUGUCUAACGUAUAUUUCAAGUACAUUGAUGCAGUAUAUGCUGUAUAUUGAAAAUUACAUUUUUCAGAUCUAUCUGUGUGCAGCUUGAAUAGUGCACAUCCAUCUGAUAUCUAUAACAACAUGAAGUGUUCAGCAAACAAGAGUGUGAUUAGUGGUUCACCUCGUGAAGGUGUUCCUCGUGCAGGCAUGCGCAAUGUGGACCAAUAUGAAAUGAAAUGCCUGAUUUGCAUAUAGUAUCAAUAAUUGCUCCUGCUAUUUGUUGGAGACUGAAAGACACUGCACUGUUCAUUCUUGAUCACAAUAGUGAUAUAACGCAUAUCUGCAGUGAUGCGCAUUUUCUCAUCGCAUAUCUGCGGGUGAGGUUUAAGCCCAUAUCAAAUGUUAUGAAAAUUAAGAGUGUUGGGUGUACAUGACUUCCUGCAAAACUGCCGGCUUGCCCGCACUCCAAAUUCACAGAUUUGCCAUUUCAUGGAGCAGACAGUCUAAUAGUUAUGGGGGCGUUUCCUGCCUUUUUUAUUCAUAAUAAAUCAGUAGCAUGUGUCAUCUGUGGCAAUUCCAGGCAAAAAUGUUGCAAUUCUACUGCAGCAGAACACUGGCGCCAUCUGUGAUUGUCAGUCAGAAUCAGUUUAACAAGAAUAUUCAUGUGUAGCUGGCGCUCUUAUUUACAACACAUUUGGUAUAUCUCCAGUAAUCAUUGCUUGAAUACCAACUACAGUAAAUUGUCAUUGAUACGUAGUUGGAUAGAAAUGUGUAUCAUGUAUGCACUAAGUGAUGUACUAAUUAAUGACUGAUGAGAGACUGUAGACUUACUAGCCAGAUAAAAAAACAUCUUAAUUCUCAUUCAAAUAAAUACACAAAAAAGUGUUUUUUCUUUCUUUGUUCCAUUUUUCUCUUUUUCUUCCUUCUUUUUAAUGCGAGCAGGCAGUAAAAAAAUUUUGAUUUUUACUCGCCACCAUGGUCGCCUUGCAGCGAUGAAGGCAGCCUCAAACUCAGCAAGGCCACGAGCCAGUUUUUCCAUCAGGCCCCAAUUCUCUGCGAAAGCACUCAUGAUGGUCAACGCAAGCGGUGCGUCGGAUGCAGCAGGACCAUCAUCCACUUGCACCUUGUCGUUGUAGGUGACGCAUAAACGCCUGAAGCUAUGUGAGCAGGAAACACGUCUUGGCCACAAUGUUUUGACAUCACUAUCAGUGGUGACUGCAGUUCGUGAAGGGUCCAUACGCUGCAAUUUCACUAUUUAUGGCCUGUGCGCACAACAUUUUGCCGAUUCUGUACUUGUAUACGCCGAAAAAUUACAUAAAUACUACACAUUAACUGUUUUGCAUGUGCUAAGUGGCUACGGCUUGAGGGGUCAGCCAACACAUUAGGUUCAAUGGCGACAGGGUGGGGCAUUCAUCGAGACUAUAUUUAAACCAGAAUUACUUACUAGGCAGGUACGUGUUAACAAGGUUUUACUAUAGGAGUUUUUUCUCACAUUGGAUGCCCCUAUUAUUUUGAAUGCUAGACACAGCACUCACCUGGAGUGUUUUGAUACAGUGCAUAUGUGAGUGAGGAUGACUGUUUGAGGCCUUCUGAGCAGCUGCAGUGAAGAAAACUAGGGACACAUGUUUCUAUGUAGUUGACUGGAUGAGAUAUUUUUUCCUCACUACAGUUGUGUGCAGCAGUUGGCAAUUUCAGGCAGAUGGUGUCUGCUGUUAUAGCAGCAGACGGUUGUCACUGCUUUAGCCCUUGUAGGAUUGCAGUACAUAAGAAAAAAAAUUUUACAGCUGCAAAUCUGAUGUCAUUAGGCUGCACUGUACUUAUACAAACCUACACAAUUAUAUUUCCUUUCUGAUAAAAAGAGAAAGUAUGAUGCUUAUGGGCUUCAACCACCACUGCCAAGCAGGGCUUUUUAUUUGUGGCUGUUUGAACAGAUUCUUUUCCUGUGGAAACCUUCUUUAACAGCUGUGAUGAAUUUCUUUUCUUUUUUAUAUUGUUGUAGCUUUGUCAUUGUCAGAAAGAAGCAAGUAAUGAACUCUCUCUGCUUGGCAUUUUGGACUGUGGGAGGAGAACAUUUUCUUUUUCUCAGAAUGCCAUGGAAUUUUAUUACAUGAAGUGGAAAAUAAAGGGCUGUGUGGAAAAAUGGACACAAAUAUUUACAUUUAUCAACAGGUACCACUUUAUUGAAAGAAAAGCAAUUUGUAUCUUGCUGAUUAGACUUUUCUUAUGUAAACAGAGUACCAAAGUUGCAUUGUCAUCUUCAGAUAAGUGAACAGCUGUUCAUUUGAACUGUCCUGUACCAUGUCCACUUUUACGUAAAGCUUUUUCUCGGUUUUGGGGUGGUCACAACAAUAGCCGUUACCAUCCAUCCACCUUCAAGGAAACCAUUAGACUUUGCUUGUAGUGUGUUUACAAGGUUGGGGUCAUGUGGACUGGUUGAACUUGUUUUGCUUCAUUUCAACGUUUUCUUUUUAGCACAAUUUAUGUUGGCUACUUUUGAUAGGGCCUUGCACAUUGCCUUGAUUAUUUGUCCUGUGUUAAUGGCCCUGGUUUCUGUUCAGAUUGUGGUUGUGCAGCAAGAUAUUUAGAUUACAUUUGGGUAUUGAGCGCACCUGAUCUGUACCGGCUGCGAGUCUCUUACCGAAGGGCUUUUCUUAUGCUUUCCAUGAUGCACAUUGCUAGACACUUGGACAGAAAAUUAGAACACUGUGGUUAAUGCAAUGUGUUAUCAGCAGUGGGCUUAUGUAUGUAUGUGUCCAUCAUUGUUUAUGCUUCCCCAGCAUUGUAUGUGCAACUGCAUUUUAUGCAGUUCCUGCUUUACUGUUUGAUUUUCUUGACAUAAGUUUCUGUAUAUACAUACAUACAUAUAUACUUUUCAUAUUUCACAUACCAUAUGAAACUGGGCCUUUUAUGCCUUGCAUUUUCUCUCGAUAUAUCCACGAGGGAUUGUUUUUACUAUUAUUAUUUUUUGUAGGUGGUUAUACAGGGCCUGCACAUGGUUUUAACUUGUGCUGUGACUGUAGUAUUUUCUUAUUUAUUUUUGUAGGUCUGAUUUUUUAUGCCUCGCUGCUGUCACUGUAGGAUGUGGUUCUGUACAUGACCGUUUGCUUAGACAAACUUUUGUGGGGAUGUUUAAUCCUGUUUUAAGAGUCUUUACUGUUAAAUUAUUUGUUGUCAUAAGAGACUGUACAUAACGUUAAAAAGAAAGUCUGAACAAUAAACUGGUAUGUGCAUAGAAAUUGAGUCUUAAAGCUUUGAAUAAAUAAUGUCGUCAUUUCAA